AUGGCAGCUACCCUCAUACGAGAUUUCGACCUCGCCAACUCUGGCGCCAGGGAACAGAUCAUUCUUGGCAUCGUUGACCGCGCUACCGAGAAAGAACUCGACAUUCUCCAAGCUGCUCUUCGGCGCUCGAGACGAAGGGUCGACAUCCUCUGCGGCGUCUUGAAGGGCUCCGGGGCCGAGAUGCCACAUGAGAUUCAGCUCCAGAUCAUCCAAUUGCUCGGCUUUACAGAUAUCUACUACUGCGCCAGUGUCUGCCGCAAAUGGAGGCGUCUAUUUCUGCAUAGUGAACAGCUGACCGAUGAUCUACUGAAAGAGAGAUUUCCGGCCCUUGAUGACAAGACAACGCUGCCGGACAAGUCGAAGGCACUUUACCAAGCCAUCAGGAAGCGACACUUGCGAGACACAGCGAGGUUCCGAUCCAGGCAACCCAAUGGUCUCUUCCCCGUGGAUCGUGUAGAAGUCUUGCAGAAAGGUCGAAUAUUUCGGGACCUCACCUGCUCCGCAUCUCUACAUGGCUGGAAGCCGACUUCUACACAGUCACAGCCAGGAGCGCCUCACCUUACUGGAACAACAUCCAAUUUCACGAGAACAUUGCCCAUCCUUCCCCGCGAGACCUCAGACUGUGUUGUCAGCGAAGUCUUGUACUCUGACGGCCGCCUUGCUUGGCAAACAACGCCGGCUCCUGGCGAAUGGGCACAUCCCAUAACCGUGCACGAAUUUCGUGCACAAAGGCGGUGGGAUCUCUCACUGCCUUCUAUGCGGACCAAAGGAAUCAAUUUGAAACUUUUUGGACUUGGACGCGACCUUGUGGUUGCUAGAGUUGUUCGGGAACGAGUUUUGUACGCCUGGGACGUAAGGUCGCAAGCUGUUGACCGUGUCACUCUACAAAACGCGCCCUAUAAAUGUUUUACAAGAUAUCGUUCUGUUGUCAUUGUGACUAAGAGCGGCGACUUACUGCUUUGGUCAUUCGGCCACGGUUUAACCGAUAUUGAUACGGCCAUGCCGCAAAAUGAAGGCUCAUACGGCGGACCCGCAAAGCCCGACCAAAUUCCUCGGGCGCCUCUAUCGACUUUCGAAAUACAUGAUUCCAAAGUCAUGUUCCAUCCCAGGGAUGAAGAUGUGUUCUAUCUGGCAACAUUUGAGGAAAGAAACAUCAGCCCUGACGACUUUCUGUUGCUAUGGGUGUACGAAUUCAAGAGCACACGGUGCCAUCGCAUCUUCAUCUGUCGUGUUCCACGUGUGGAGUUUUGCUGGGCAGCUUUGAGAGCUGAUGCACAUGGAACCUACCACCUGCUCAAUCAGCAAGUAAAAACUGACAGUGGUGGCCAACUCAGCUGUAUCACCUUCAAUACUCUAAGCAACUCUUUCGGGCAUCUAUUGUUCCAAACACCAUUCGAUACUGAUCUCGAUGUCUCUUUUGUCUGGAAUAAUCACCUCAUCUUCCGGCAUUUCGCAACAGUGUUUUCGGAUACGCGGCCCUGCCCCCUUGUGGCGAAUGAAGCGCUCAGAGGCGCCACAGAAAAUAUGAUCACGUCUGCGACAUGCGCCGGAACUGUGCGUUCCCCGUUCUCGCCUGCCAAACCGCUCCAGGCUGCAUUCGACACAUUAGAACAAGGAACGCCGAAGAACGAUAUUGCUCGCAUCCAGGACAUCGCCCAGAGAUAUCCCUUGAUAUCAGAUCUCGGUGCCGCCACCAAUCUAAGCUACACACUGUCAUUCUAUGGCGGUCAGUGCAAUUGGGAAGGACUUCACGUGAGGGAUUGCCCGAGAUCGUCUGACCCACCGCCCCUGGAACAACACUUGUACCCCAUCAAUUAUUUCGAUCACAACGCUUUGCAACAAAAUGAUAGCGGCAAGUCGAUGGUCGUCUUCUGUGACGACGACUUUCUAGUUGUCGUCACUAAUCCAGACUUGUAUACUGUCUUCGCAGUGGAUGAAGAUGGCAAGAUAGCGGAGGCAAUGCGAGAUGCUGCGAUGCCAAGGGUGGAGGACGUGCCUGGUAGCUCAAAGACACCCGAGACACUGAUAUAA